AUGGCUCCAAAAUCUGGCUCAUCAGCUUCCAAAAAGAAGAGCUCAUCGACUCCCAGCUCUGAUGGCUUGAAAACUCCUAAAUUUAAAUUACCAUCCGCUUACAUAGCGAGACCUUUGCCAGUGAAGGAGAGAAGCGUUAAACAGACAUGUAUGGCAAUAAUACACCCCAACGUGCUUAAAGAACUCGAAAUUAGCAAUGGGUCGAUGUGUGUUGUUUCGAAACUAGGUAUGGCGGGAGUGGUCGCCAUUGCCAAGGCAGGCGAAGAAGAAACUCAUCCAGCUAGCGUCCUGAUGAUGUCUGAUCCGCUACGAGCAGUUGGCAACGUUAUACUUGGUGAUCGUCUAGAUAUAAGAAAGAUUUCUGAUCAGCCGCCUUAUGCCUCCACUAUCACUGUUGGUAUAAUGGCCCCUCUUGAGACUCCACAGGAGAAAAAAGUGGAACAAUUGUUGAAUGAUUGUGGAAUCAUCAUGCCUGGAAUGGUCUUUGAAGAUUUUCAAUUGAACGAAGACGAAAACUGUUCUUUCUCGAUCGCCGAUGUUACAGAUGACAAGCUUCCUGAUAUCUCAAAGUGCGAAAUCAAUGAUUCCAAUGAUUCCAAUGAUUACAUUAAUGAGGAUCCUUUAUACUUGUCUCCACCCGUUCUAUUUCGCAAAGGAUCAACCAAGAUUAAGUUUACAAGUUCACGGGAACCGAAUGCCAAAUACAACUUACCGCAAGCGCUUGACUACAGCCUGGUUGGUGGACUGGCAAAGGAGAUCGAUUCACUUAAGAAAACUAUUGAGCUGCCUCUUCAUCAACCAACAUUAUUCACGAGGUUCGCCGUGUCGCCUCCACGAGGGGUCUUACUACAUGGACCGCCUGGUACUGGUAAAACGAUGCUUUUGAGAUGUUUCGCUAACACCUGUAAUGCUCAUGUAUUGACCAUUAAUGGUCCCUCCAUUGUCUCUAAGUUUCUCGGUGAAACAGAGGCAACUUUGCGGGAAAUCUUUGAUGAGGCCAAGAAAUACCAGCCCUCGAUCAUCUUUAUUGAUGAGAUCGAUUCCAUAGCUCCAAAUCGUGCUCAUGAUGACUCCGGAGAGGCCGAGAGCAGAGUGGUCGCAACUCUCUUGACACUUAUGGAUGGAAUGGGUGGAGCUGGCAGAGUCGUUGUCGUCGCUGCAACCAACAGACCCAACGCCGUUGAUCCUGCAUUGAGAAGGCCCGGCAGAUUUGAUCAAGAAGUUGAGAUCGCUGUUCCCGAUGUCGAUGCAAGAUUGGAAAUCUUGAAGAAGCAAUUCGACAAGAUGAACUCAGAUCUUCAUACGCUGUCUGAUGACGAUAUCAGGAACAUUGCGUCUAGGACCCACGGGUAUGUAGGCGCUGAUCUGAUUGCACUAUGCCGAGAGUCAGUAAUGAAGGCGAUCCAAAGAGCACUGAAUCCUGAUGGUGUGGGGCGCGCUCUCAAGGUCUGUAUGGAAGACCUUGAAAAUGCGAUGGCUGAAGUCAGACCAAGUGCAAUGAGAGAGAUCUUCUUGGAGAUGCCAAAGGUGUAUUGGUCUGAUAUUGGUGGUCAAGAAGAAUUAAAGCGCAAGAUGGUAGAAAUGAUACAACUUCCUCUGGAGGCUUCCGAAACCUUCUCGAGACUAGGAGUCUCAGCGCCUAAAGGUGUUUUACUAUAUGGUCCACCUGGUUGCUCAAAGACCUUAACAGCGAAGGCCUUAGCCACGGAAUCAGGACUUAAUUUUCUGGCUGUUAAAGGUCCAGAGAUCUUCAACAAGUAUGUGGGUGAAUCUGAAAGAGCCAUUCGAGAGAUAUUCCGUAAAGCCCGUGCUGCUGCACCCAGCAUCAUCUUUUUUGAUGAGAUCGAUGCCUUAUCACCAGAUAGAGACGGUCCUUCUUCGUCUGCUGCGGGGCACGUCUUGACUUCACUACUUAAUGAGAUCGAUGGUGUCGAAGAACUGAAUGGGGUUGUGAUCGUGGGUGCUACUAACAGACCGGACGAGAUAGAUCCAGCAUUGUUGAGACCCGGUAGACUCGACAGACACAUUUAUGUGGCACCACCAGACUAUGCAGCUAGAUUGCAAAUUUUGACCAAGUGUAGCAGUAAGUUUAGUACAGAAGAAGAACCGGAUUACGAUCUUGAGAAUCUGGCGCGAAGAACCGAAGGAUGUUCUGGGGCUGAAGUAGUACUACUUUGUCAAGAAGCCGGUUUGGCAGCUAUAAUGGAAAAUCUCGACACCAAGAGAGUGGAAGCUCGUCAUUUUGAGAAAGCUCUCAGUGGAAUUUCUCGUGGUAUCACACCGGAAAUGCUUGAAUAUUAUCGAGCAUUUGCUAUGAGAAGCGGCAUCUCAGCGUAA